UAUGGGAAAAAGGAAACACAAAGAUAAAAAAUCACAUCGAUCGAAGAAAAGAAGGCGUGAAAAAAGAUAUUAUUUAUCGGAUUCGUCGUCAUCGUCAAGUGAAGAUGAAUACUACGAUGCCGAGCAGUAUAGAUACCCGGAGAUAAAUAAUACGCCUGAUUAUGAAGACAUAGUGUCCAUACCGGGUUCGGAAAAAUCUAUCGAAGCCAGUGCAAAGAAUGAUGAUAACAUAGGAGAAAAAAAUCUUUCUGUGGCUCCUAGUGCUGAUGUUACAUAUAAUGAGGGUACAACGUUGGACAAUAAUUUGCCCAGUACGAGCGCGGAGGCGCCAGCCUUACCGACAGAAAUCCUGGAAGCCCUGGGCGACCCAAAAGGAAAGGAGGAAGUCCUAGGUCCAAAAAUACAGGAGGAGAUUGCCAGUCGAUGGGGACGCGUGCUCGUAGAUGGUCUAAGCAAGGAUCGAAAACAAGAGAUUUUGGCCAGCUCGUUAAUACCUGAUAAUUUUCGUUUAGCAAAAGCUCCUCUGUUAAACCCGGAAGUUAUUCCAGCGCUAAGUGACUCUUCCAAAAAUCGAGACAAGAUAGUAGAAAGAUUACAAAACCAACUCGGCUUGGGUAUAUCAAAGCUAACAUACUUAGCUACAGAUGUUAUUGAAGGCAAUGUCGAAAAGCUAGACAUUUUAAAAAAAAUCUCGGAAGCCAGCCAGAUUCUUUUAGACUUGUAUAACGAACAAACUAAAGCAAGACGAAGAAUGGUGAUAACAUCACUUGAUAAAAAGUUUGUAGGUAUGAUCGCAGACGCUAAACGAGACACAUACCUAUUUGGAGCGAAUCUCGGAGAAAAAAUUAAGGCGUCAAAAACGGCUGAAAUGUCGGGCUUGCAAAUAAAAAGAAAGGAUACGUCAAACACUCGUACACAUCCUCAACAGGGAAACUGGAGGGGCCCACCCCGGGCACAAGCUCAGCGUGGCUACCGACAGGGGGGGCAGAGAAACCGCUACCCGACGCAGUCAAACCGCCGCCCUCCACAAUCGGCAUCAGCAGUAGACCGCCAACCGCGGGGGCCAGCGAAGCAGACUCCCAAGUCAACCAAGACUUAAUGGAGGACCUGCCACCCGUUGUGGAAGCGUCUUACCCUGGUUUCGUCGCUAUUAUCAGGGAAGCCUUCAUACGACAAGCAUUAACAGAAGAUACAAUAAAAAUAAUGAUUUCCUCUCUUGCUAAAAACUCGC